AUGGGGACAUCCCUCGAUGGCCUCACCACACCUUCCAGCCUGAGCCAGCGCAGGCAAGCCGCCUUUAGUCUCGAGCUCCCACCUCCCAAUACUCUACAGUUCAACCCGGUGGUAUCAAGUCAGAAAUUCCCUUCCCUUUCGGGGAUCAAUACAUCUCAAGCCGGCCCACCCCCCAUCAACGUGGGCCAGCUUCUGACUCCUCCGUCCAAUUCAGCCUCCGACAACAGCGCUGCCUCCUCUGCUAUUCCCACCGGAACCACUCCAAACAGCGCCGCAGCUCCAGUGCUGCCUUACACGCCCACGUUAUUUGGAACAGGGAACACGCCAACUGGCUACCACACGGGCUUUACACCCCCUUCCUGGCAGAAUGGAUCUCUCGUCUCCGCCCGAUCUAUGUUUUCGCCAAUGCCGGGUGCUUCAUUGAGGAAUAGCACCAAUUCGCCCACAGCUGGGGAAGCUUCGGCUUUGCCACCUCCGCCAUAUGAUCUUCACUCAGUUCAACCGUACGGGGCCUCUCUGCAGCUCUCUUCUCCUACAAGUGCUACCCACCCAACAGCCCAGCAAAGCAUCAUAACACCAUUGCCGACCGGUGUGAGACCUCCCAGCCAGCAGUCACCUGUGACUCCGGGCGAUGGAGUCAGCAGAGCUGCUUCGAAUCCCGCCUUGUAUACAGCCAUGACAACUGCGGCCCAGCAACAUCCAGGUUAUCAUUACCCAUCCGCGGCUCCAGUAUCACAAAGCCCUCAUCCGCAUUCCCUUUCCGCUCCUCGAGUCUCGCCACCGCUCCAUCAAGGACCUCAACCUCACGUUCCUUUUAUGCGCCCUCCCCUACCGUCGUAUUCGUUGCCCGCUAUGCCUGGUCCGAUCAUGUCCAACGUCCAUAGUCCAAGUGCGCAAAUGGCCAUGGUAGGCAAUAUGCAACCCAAUAUGUUGCCUAUGGCUUUUAACAGCGGGUACGCGGCAAACCCGCAAACCAUGUAUGGCCACCAACGGAGCAAUACUCCUCAACAACAACCAGCACAUGAUCGCCCGUUCAAGUGCGAUCAGUGCCCUCAAAGUUUCAACCGCAACCAUGAUUUGAAAAGACACAAGAGGAUCCACCUUGCCGUCAAGCCUUUUCCCUGCAGUCAUUGUGACAAGAGCUUCUCUCGCAAGGACGCACUCAAACGACAUAUCCUUGUCAAAGGAUGCGGCAAUGGAAAGCCGCCCGAGACGGCGACCAGAGACGACGGCAUCAAGUCUGAAUCUGGGAGUGACGGCAUCAACGAAAGCCCAGCAGCUGCGACCGCGGCUUAA